AUGAGGGUGCCUACUUCGGCUUGCCUGGUUGUUUGCAGCCUGGUGGCUGGCGUGCGGAUGGUCUCUGGAGGGCAAUACGCCUUCACCCUGCCGAUGUACGUGAAGGGCUUUUGGGGUUAUGACAGGUACACUGGCGCCAGUACCAACCACGAAUACCUGUCUUACUUCGACGUGGACGUGAAUAACAUGAUGACCAACGCGAACAAGGUGGUCGAAGACAACUUUCUGGAGGUGAUAAACGCAAGCUCGUUCAAUCAGGUGUCACACGAUGCCGCGCUGAACAACGAAGGCUCCAAGAUGAUAAACAAGAUGUGGGCGCGCGACGUCAUCAACGAGAUCCACAGCUACAAGAUGCAAUACAUCCACCAGCGUUACAGGAGCGCAGCGCAACAGCUGCUCAAGGUGCCGGUGGGCAACCCGGCCUACCAGGACAUCGGGUUUGACGAGCCUCUGGACAAGAUGGUGAUUUACUACUGGGCGUACCAGCUGAAGCAGGCGUACGACGACCUCAUGCUAAACGCUAGCAAGAUGCAUACUAAGUGGGGGGCGAUAAAGAACAGCAUAAACACCACCAUGCCGGAGUCGGAGCCUAGUUAA